CCUCCUCCCCCUCUGGCUACAGUACGCGCGUCCAUUAUUUAUUUACAGUGCUCCCUCAUCUUUCCAAAAAUUCUCCUCCGUCCGCAGCUGCUUCUCUAAAAAGCUUAUGGGAUGGACGCCAACAGCGAGUCUGCGAACGACAUUGUCGCCCCUUUUGUUCUGAAGACUUAUCAGAUGGUCAACGAUCCCCUUACCGAUACUUUCAUUACUUGGGGCUCUGCCAAUAACAGCUUCCUCGUCCUCGACCCUCUCCAUUUCUCUCACACUCUCUUGCCUGCCUAUUUUAAGCAUAAUAACUUCUCCAGCUUCGUCCGACAGCUCAAUACAUACGGAUUUCGGAAGGUAGAUCCCGAUAGAUGGGAAUUUGCAAACCAGUGGUUUCUGCGCGACCAAUUCCAUUUACUCAGAAACAUUGUCAGGAGAAAACAGAGUACGAAUUCGAGGCUGUGCGAGAUGGGGGACGAGGAAUUGGUGACUGAGAUUGCCAGGCUUAGAAAAGAACAGAAGGUUUUGGAAGAGGAGCUUGAAGGCAUGAAAAAACGUCUCGAAACUACCGAGAAACGACCACAACAAAUGAUGGCGUUUCUUCAUAAAGUGGCGGAAGAUCCUGAAAUUCUGCCUCGGAUGAUGCUUCAGAAGGAUCGACCCGGCGCUCAUAUUGGGGAUAAGAAGCGCCGAUUGAUGAUUUCGUCUUCUUCCUCAUCGCCGUCCACCACAACAAUGACGACGACGUCCUUGGAGGCAGAGGAAAUCGAGGAGGAGGGCAGCUGGCGGCCGAAUUUUUCGUCGCCGGAGGUUUCGGGACCGGCGGGAUUCUGUAAUCACGUGCAGGCUUGGAAUUUGGCGGAAGCGGAGGCGGGUGGAAUGGAUAUAAGUAGAAGCAGAAGCGGCGGAGAGAUGAAGAAUUCGACGGAAAUGAUGGGAACCGUGGAGGAGAGUAAUCCAGCACCGCCUUAUCCGUUUUCUCUGUUCGGGUGUGGGUUUUAGUUAAUUACUUCGAUUUGAUUCUCAUCAUUUCCUUCCUUCCUCGCAUUUUAUCAUCUUUAUUUUCUUUUCUUUUAUUAAUAAUUCCUUCCACUUUCAUCUCUCCUUUAAA